AUGCCAGUUUACAGACAAGAAAAUCGUCUUGAUUCUGAAGAAUCUAUUGCAAUGAAUAUAAGACUUUUAGACCUCAUGAAGAAGACAUCUUAUCGCAUUCUUCAAGUGAAUGGACAACGACGUUACGGAGGGCCUCCUCCCCAAUGGUCCGGUCCUCCACCUCCAAAGGACAGUGAAGUUUUUGUAGGAAAAAUUCCGAGAAAUUGUUUCGAAGACGAAUUAGUACCAGUAUUUAGCAGAGUAGGACAGAUUUAUGAAUUACGGUUGAUGAUGGAUUUUAGUGGUACCAAUAGAGGGUAUGCAUUCGUUAUGUAUACUUGCCCGGAGGAAGCUGAAAAGGCAGUAAAUGAACUAAAUAAUUACGAAAUUCGUCCAGGACGUAACAUUGGAGUCGUCCGAUCAACUAACAACUGCAAAAUUUACAUAGGAACUCUUUCGGGCACUGUAGACAGAAAAUUGAUAAAAAAGACUAUUAAGUACCUCACCGAGGGUGUGGUAGAUGUCAAAGUGCAUGUAGCUCCUGUAUCUCGUAAAAGAUUUAACAAUUCCAAAAAGCCGCAUUUCGUAAUUGCUGAAUAUGAAAGUCACCGAGCAGCUGCAAUGGCAAGAAGACGACUACUCCCUGCCCGUUUGGAGUUGUGGGGUCAUGAAGUUUCCGUGGAAUGGGCUAACACAAUUCAAAAA